UUUUCUUCCAUAUACAGUGCCUUAUAAAACUCUAUAAAAUCCUCAAUAUAGUUAUCCUCCAUAACAUUGUAUUCUUCUUUUAGCUCUCUGUUUUUGGCUCUGUUUUCCUCUGCCAUGGUUGCCCCAAAUGAUCCUUCUAGUCUGCCUCUUAGAAUUUGUAAACCGGAAAGUCUAGACAAAUACUUCGAAUUGUUGGAUGGGAAAUUCAGUGUAAAAGGUUUUCCAUUGCUUUCUGAAGUUCCAAGCAACGUGGUUUUUGCUCCCUUUUUGUCUAUUUAUAAAUCCUCUGAUGCUCCGCUUGCUCUGCUCCAACGUGUCCAAGCUCUGUCGCACAAGGGCGGAUUCCUUGGGUUCCACAAAGAGGCUCCGUCAGAUCGCUUAAUGAACUCCAUCGGUAAGUUUACUGGUAGGGAAUUUUUGUCCAUCUUUAGAUUCAAAACUUGGUGGUCUACCAUGUGGAUGGGUAGCUCUGGGUCUGAUUUGCAAAUGGAAACCCAAUGGGUUCUCCUUAAUGUUCCCGAAAUAAGGUCUUAUGUCAUAAUCAUACCUGUCAUUGAUGGGAGAUUUAGGUCUGCUUUCCAUCCUGGAACUGAUGGUCAUGUCAUGAUUUGUGCUGAGAGUGGUUCUACUAAGGUGACAGCAUCAUCUUUUGAUGCUAUCGCUUAUGUUCAUUUGUCUGAAAAUCCUUACAAUAUCAUGAAAGAGGCCUUUAGUGCACUUAGGGUCCACCUCAAUACCUUCAAGCUUCUGGAAGAGAAAACUGUCCCUUCUCUUGUUGAUAAAUUUGGGUGGUGCACUUGGGAUGCAUUUUAUUUAGCUGUAGAGCCUGCUGGUAUAUGGCAUGGUGUGAAUGAUUUUGUCGAGGGUGGUGUCUCUCCGAGGUUUCUCAUCAUUGAUGAUGGCUGGCAAAGCAUCAAUACUGAUGAUGAGAAUCCGAACGAGGAUGCUAAAAACCUAGUUCUUGGUGGAACUCAAAUGACUGCCAGGCUUCACAGGCUUGAUGAAUGUGACAAGUUUAGGAAGUACAAGGGAGGGUCUCUGUUGGGACCUAACCCUACUUCAUUUGAUCCAAAGAAGCCAAAGAUGCUUAUCUUAAAGGCAAUUGAAAUCGAGCAUGCUGAGAAUGAUCGCGAUAAGGCAAUCCAAUCUCGUGUAACUGACUUGUCUCCUUUUGAAACUAAAAUUCAAAAGUUGAAACAAGAACUGGAUGUUAUUUUUGGUGGAGAAGAAAAGAGUGUUUCCAGUGGGAGUGGUGGAAGUCGUUCUUGCAAGGCUGAAAGUUAUGGCAUGAAAGCUUUCACGAGAGAUUUGAGGACAAAGUUUAAGGGUUUGGACGAUAUUUAUGUGUGGCAUGCUCUCUGUGGUGCCUGGGGUGGUGUCAGGCCAGAUUCUACUAAUCUGAAUUCAAAGAUCAUUUCUUGCAAACUGUCUCCUGGUCUGGAUGGGACAAUGGCUGAUCUUGCUGUGGUUAAGAUCGUUGAAGGUGGUAUUGGUCUUGUUCACCCUGACCAAGCAGGCGAUUUCUAUGAUUCUAUGCACUCCUACCUUGCCGACGCUGGCAUUACAGGAGUGAAAGUAGAUGUCAUUCAUAGCCUUGAGUAUGUUUCUGAAGAUUAUGGAGGCCGUGUUGAGCUUGCAAAGGGCUACUACAAGGGCCUGUCAGAUUCCCUGUCAAAGAAUUUCAAAGGAUCUGGACUCAUUUCCAGCAUGCAACAAUGCAAUGAUUUCUUCUUCCUUGGAACAAAGCAGAUAUCCAUGGGAAGAGUAGGUGAUGACUUCUGGUUCCAGGAUCCAAACGGAGAUCCGAUGGGAGUUUACUGGCUGCAAGGGGUCCAUAUGAUCCAUUGCGCCUACAACAGCAUGUGGAUUGGUCAGAUUAUAAAACCUGACUGGGAUAUGUUCCAAUCUGACCAUCUGUGCGCCAAAUUUCAUGCUGGAUCAAGAGCUAUUUGUGGAGGACCUGUAUAUGUGAGUGACUCGGUGGGUGGGCAUGAUUUUGAACUCCUCAAGAAACUUGUUUACCCUGAUGGUACCAUUCCCAAGUGCCAAGAUUUUGCCCUGCCGACAAGGGACUGCCUCUUCAGGAACCCUUUAUUUGACAAGAAAACAAUUCUCAAGAUUUGGAACUUCAACAAGUAUGGAGGUGUGAUUGGAGCUUUCAACUGCCAAGGAGCUGGAUGGGACCCCAAGGAGCAAAGGAUCAAGGGCUACUCAGAAUGCUACAAGCCACUGUCUGUUUCUGUUCAUGUUACCGACAUUGAAUGGGACCAGAAGAAAGAGGCUGCUCAAAUGAGUGAGGCUGACGAGUUCAUCGUCUAUCUCAACCAGGCAGAGGAGCUGCUACUUGUAUCGCCAGAAUCUGACGCAGUUCAAAUUACCAUCCAACCAUCUACAUUUGAGAUCUUCAGCUUUGUGCCCAUCAAGAAGCUAGGCGGCACCAGUAUCAGUUUUGCUCCUGUUGGGCUGGCCAACAUGUUUAAUAGCGGCGGCACAAUUCAAGAAGUGGAGUAUUUUGAUUCUGAAGCGGAGACUUGUGUAAAGAUUGAGGUUAAAGGCGGAGGGAGUUUCUUAUCUUACUCAAAUGCAUCUCCAAAGAAGGGUUUCUUGAAUGGGGCUGAGGCGGCUUUUGAGUGGCUGGAUAACGGCAAACUGGCCUUGAAUCUCCCUUGGACGGAAACCGCUGGUGGCGUAUCUAAUGUUGCUUUUCUUUUUUGAAGUCUCACAACUUGUUUAGUCGUAGAAGUUUGAAGCCAUGUCGACUAAGCAUCUAAAAUAAACCAGAUUUUGAGUGUA